AUGAAGUUGUUCUUCAAGCUUGCGCUUGCGUUGGUCCUGGUUGCCAUCCAGGUGGUCAGUGCCUUGCCCAAUGUGGCUCUUCGUGCAAUGACUGCUGGUCCUCAGCCCACCAGUGAUAACCAGACUUUGGUGGCAACCUCGACUGUGACCUCUUCCACUACUGAGGAUGGGCGUUUUAACCUCACCAUUACCCUGCCCCCCGUUGUGCCCGUUCCUACCACCACCUCGGAGAUUCGUGUGACCUUUAACAUCUCCCUGCCUGAUGCGACGGAGACCACUGCUGAGCCCACCAGCACCCCCCUCACUGGCACUCUCGGUGUUACCACUGUCCCUAUUGUGAAUUCCACUCAGUCGAGCACUCAGAAGAUGACCACUUCGGUCAUUUACACCACUUCUGAGGUCACUAUCACCAAGUGUGCAACCACUGUGACCAACUGCCCUGCGGACUCCACCACUGUGGUUACCUCCACCAUUCCAUUGACCACAACUAUCUGUCCUGUGACUGAAUCGGAGACUUCUACUGUCAGCAAUAGUGUCAAGACAUCUCCCGCCUGCUCCCAGGCUUGCGAUACCUCUGUUCCAGUGAACGGUACCACACCCACCACUGUGGCCGACACUACAACCACAGUGUGCCCCGUUACCUCCAUGAUCACCUCGGGUACCCAUGUCCUCACGUCUGUUUACAGCACUGUGUCCACGGUCACUGUGGUUCCUUCGACUCCUACCGUCCCUGCUGUAGUCAUUCCCUCUCAGACUAUCCGCGUGCCUGUCACAACUGUCGCUACCUUUGAGACAACCACGUCCUAUCCAGUGACCCAGACUUUGGCCGCUGGCACCACUACCCACACAGUCACCACCAACAAGGUCGCAACCAUCACCGUUACCAGCACCGGCACUUUUGUCCCCAUCAAGUCCGAGAGUACCGUUGUGGUUCCAGUUGUCACUGCCCAUGCCUCUCACUCUUCCAGCAUCGGGGUCGACGCCUACAGCCGCCCCGCGGAGAGCACCGCAUACCAGACCUUCAACACCGUGACUGGUCCAACCCAACCCGCUGUGUUCAACGCUGCCACUACUUUCGAGGCGGCUACCACUCUCUGGCUCGCUGUUUCUGCGAUCCUCGUCCUUGCUGUCCUUUAA